GACGAGAAUAACAAUACAUUUGGAACAAAUUAUAAAACACAUGACCCACAAUUUUAUCCUCCUUUUUGUUUUUAACAUUCCCUUUUUCUAAAAAACUUUUUAAUUGUUGACUGCUACACACAAGUGAGGCCCACAAUUCUCUAGAGUCCUUGGGAACUAAAAUUCCUAGACCCGGAGAAAUUCUCCCUAUAUAAUGGUUCGCUCUUUGACCGAAAAACAAAGCCACUUCAGACCGAAGAAAACUAGUCUGGUCUCUAAUUUAUGAGAAAUUUAAAUUUUCGAUUCUCAAUCAGAUUCGAUCUAGUCAAAAAAUUAAUUAAAUCAAAAGGACCUUAAUUACCAUUAAUCAUUGUUCAUUGGUCUUAUUUUAGUAGUUCACCUGUCACCACGUACAUUCUCUUCUUUUCUUUUCUUUCCUCUUAAGUCACCCCUUCACAUCUGCCUCUCUCCUGAACCUUCCCCCUCUUUCCUAAAAAACCGCUUCAAAUCACCAAUCAUCAUCAACCAAAACUGAAAAUUUUCCAAAUUUCAGCUGAAUUUAAGCAAAUUACAUAAUUCCAUUAUUUGGGUGAUAAAAAUGGGGGAAAAGGGAAAGGGAAUGGGAAUGAUGAAGUGUUUACUUGGAAUGGGAUACUGGGUACAAGGAUUCCGCUGUUUUCCAUGGUUAGCCAUCAUUUUCUUCCUUAAAGAUGGUCUUCAAAUUGACCCUUCUACCCUUCAGAUUCUUCUCAAUUCUGCUAAUCUUCCUAUGGUUGGUAAACCCCUUUACGGUGUCGUUUCUGAUUCUGUCUAUUUCUAUGGCCAACAUCGUCUUCCUUACAUUUCCCUGGGCGCUAUUCUGCAAGCUGUUUCAUGGGUAGCAAUAGCAAUGUUUUCUUCAUCAAGCAUCUCAAUCUCCACCAUUACUUUCUAUCUCCUCCUGAGCAACUUAGGUGCCUCUAUUGCUGAGGUUGCUAAUGAUGCUAUGGUAGCUGAGAUUAGCAAACAGCCCAAUUCAGCAAAGAAAGGGCAAUCAUCUUCUUCAGGGGAGCUUCAAUCAUUUGUUUGGAUGGCUUCUUCUGUCGGGGGAGUUCUUGGGAAUUUAGUAGGAGGGAUUGCCAUUGAAAAGUUUAGCUCACGAUUUAUGCUCCUAACUUAUGGUGCAAUCCUUAUCAUCCAGUUCUUGAUAACUAUAUUGGUUAAUGAGAGAUCUCUUAACCUUCCCAAACAUCAUUCUGCUGGUGGGAUAAAAGACAAGCUUGCUGAGCUUGCAAGUGCACUGCACAAGCCUGAAAUUGCUUACUCCAUUGGUUGGCUUGUGGCCUCUUAUGCCAUGACCCCUGCCCUUGUUGGAACAAUGUUCUACUAUCAAACUCAGGCUUUAGGUAUUGAUUCAUCAGUAUUGGGGAUUUCCAAGGUGUUUGGCCAAGUAGGAAUGCUUUUGUGGAGUUUUUUUUAUAACAAGAGCCUGAAAUCAGCUUCCCCGAGGAAAGUAAUGUGUGCUAUUCAAGCAACAGUUGCUGUUUUCAUGGUUUCUGAUGUGCUGUUUGUUACCAAAUUUUACCAGAACAUGGGGCUUCCAGAUUCCGUGUAUGUUGUAAUUUUUUCUGGUCUACAGGAGGUUCUUUUUUUCUUCAAGAUACUACCCUUUAGUGUUUUGAUUGCACAGCUCUGUCCACCUGGGUGUGAGGGUUCUCUGAUGGCAUUUGUGAUGUCUGCCGUUGCUCUUGCAAUGAUUGUUGGUGGGUAUCUUGGUGUUGCACUUGCAUCUUAUGUUGGUAUUACUGGAACCAAUUUCUCUGGGUUACCUCUUGGACUUUUGAUACAAGCAGCAUGCACAAUAAUACCCCUCUUUUUGUCGUCCUGGAUACCUGAUCAUGUAAAGGCCGACGUUGCAAAGAAGAAAGAAUAAUUCAGUAUGUACAUCAUUAUGCUGUAGAGCUGUGAAAUAGGUUGUUCAACAAUCUCAGAUUCUCAGUAAAGGUAGAUGCAUUUCCUUUUAUAUUUUUAUCAAAUUGAUUGAUUUUCGUGAUGAAUAUGUCUUUGUCUUUCGUAGAGUGAUAGAGUUAUACAUCAUCUAUAUUUUGCCGUUACUAAGCUCUCAAAUAGGAAAACCACUGCAGUAGCUUGAAAUCCUGGGCUGAACUCAAUAUAUUAGUGCAUGGGUAAUUUUACCUUUGGUUGAC